GAUGAAUGACGUUCGCUCAAAAUAUCACAUACAAAGCUGCCACCUGCUGGUGAAGAGCGGAACGUCUCUAAUUAUUGUUCCCCCAAUUAAACCAGUUUAAAAAAGUUAUAUAACAGAUCCAUUCAUGCAAACACGAAUAAUUAUACAUUUAACAGCUGUCUAUAAAAUCUUAAUUGUGUAAGUCUCAGCAUCAUCUAUGUUCAGGACUGAAUUUUGAGCGCGCUGCGCAGAAGCCGCCCACUUUCCUCAAGCGUGUCCAAUAGUGUCUCUAGAGAGUCAUGAGGUUUAUUUUAAUGACCUUUGCUUGACUUUUCCACCAAUUUACAGGUGUGCCAUCACAGGUGGACAGCGACAUGGAGGGACAGCAGCUACAGCAGGUUUUGAACCCGCAGAGACUGAAGUCACUGCAAGAAUGGAUGCUGAAAAGCUCAAUCACUUUAACACAGGUCAAUGGGCAGAGGAAAUAUGGUGGUCCUCCUCCGGUCUGGCAAGGUCCUGCUCCCGGCCCGGGCUGUGAGGUUUUCAUCAGUCAGAUACCACGUGACAUCUAUGAGGACCGCCUGAUCCCUCUUUUCCAGAGCAUUGGCACUAUUUACGAGUUUCGUCUCAUGAUGAACUUCAGCGGGCAGAACCGAGGCUUCGCCUACGCAAAGUACGGUGACCCGGUCACCGCCUCUGCUGCCGUCAUGACACUGCAUCACUACCGUCUGCCGGAGGGGGGCUGCCUGACGGUGCGCAAGAGCACGGAGAAGCGGCAGCUGCGUCUGGGGGAUCUUCCAACUAGCACAAAUCAGGGGGAGUUGCUGACGGUACUGCGAAUGCUCUCUGACGGGGUGGAGGAUGUCCUGCUGAAGAUGCCCGGGCCCAAAGGGAGAGAGGUUGUGGCUCUAGUGAACUACUCCUCCCACUAUGCCGCAUCCAUGGCCAAGAAAGUGCUUGUGCAAGCUUUUAGGAAGCGGUACGGCAUUUCAAUUACUGUGAAAUGGAUGUCGUUCUCCAAGUCCAAGCAUGUCGCAGAGACCGGACAAGACGACGACUGCUUUACUCCACCUGCUCUGAAUCCCCUCCCCAAACCCUCCAUCACCCCUCCCCACCUGCACCCUCAGCCCUUGCUUCAUGAUGUCCCAUCCCAUCCCCCUAUCCAGCCCUUCUUCCGGGCCGUGGGGGGUCCGGCCGGCCUGAGAGAUGAGAUGAUGCCUCAAGCCCCCGUGAACCACGAUGCCGUGUCUCAGCUGCAGUGGAUAUGCGAGCUGUACAGACUUGGCACUCCACAGUAUGAAGUCCGUUUCCAUCGCACCAGCUCCGACGGCUUCCUCUGCUUCAUCUUCAAAAUUCUGAUCCCAGGCCUUCUUUUUCCCCUGUGCGGGUUUAUCCGGAUCCUUCCAGGCACCAGCAUUCAAGCCAUGAAGGUGGAAGUUUAUCGAGCCGCCGCCGAGCAGGCGAUCCAAACCAUGUGUAAAGUCUCAAAUUUACGACCUUUCUAAAAAUGUAGCUGCUGUUGUUAAUGUAAUGUGAAGUUAUCAGUUUUAUGUUCAGUAUUACGGUUUGAAGGCAUGUACUCUUCCAGUUUCAGAUAAGUGGAAAUUAAUGAUUAAACG